GAGGAGAAGGUAGGCAGGGGAGAGGCGAGGUGGCUGGAGGAAGAAAGAAGCCCUGCGGGAAGCAGGUACAUGGUUCGGGUCCGAGCUGUGGUGAUGGCCCGAGAUGACUCCAGUGGGGGCUGGCUGCCUGUGGGGGGCGGGGGCCUCAGCCAGGUGAGCGUAUGUCGGGUCCGAGGGGCCAGGCCCGAGGGGGGGGCCCGCCAGGGGCACUACGUCAUCCACGGGGAGCGCCUCCGGGACCAGAAAAUCACUUUGGAGUGUACCCUGAGGCCAGGCUUGGUUUACAACAAGGUGAACCCCAUUUUCCAUCACUGGAGCCUGGGCAACUGCAAGUUUGGGCUGACGUUUCAGAGUCCUGGGGAAGCAGAUGAAUUUCAGAAGAGCCUGCUGGCUGCCCUGGCCACUCUGGGCCGUGGCUCACUCACUCCCUCCUCCUCCACCUCCUCCUCUUCCUCCUCCCCUUCCCAGGACACCGCAGACACGCCCUGUCCUCUGACGUCCCACGUAGACAGCGACUCCUCCGGUCACAGUCGGCAGGAGACGCCUCCCACCGCUGGGGCCGCGACCCCCAUCCUCACCAUGGAGUCAGCCGCAGGCUUUGGGCCCGGCUCUUCCCCGCAGCGCAGGCGCUCUUCGACGCAGAGCUACCCUCCGCUCCUGCCGUUCACGGGGAUCCUGGAGGCGUCGGCGUCGGCGUCGGAGCCCCUGGCGGGAGCCGGGGGCCCGGGCUGGGGCGGCCGCGGCUACGAGGAUUACCGGCGCGCCGGGCCGCCCGCGCCCCUCGGCCUGUCCGCCUGCGUCGGGCCCUUCGCCAAGACGGGCGCCUUGCGGGGCGCCGCGCUGGGGCCCCCCGCGGCCCUGCCCGCGCCCCUCGCCGCCGAGGCCGCGCCCCCGCCGCCCCCCACGCGGCCUGCCCCGGGCCCGAGCCCCGGCCCGGCCCCCGCGCCCGCCAAGGCGUCGCCCGAGGCGGAGGAGGCGGCCCGCUGCGUGCACUGCCGCGCGCUCUUCCGCCGCCGCGCCGACGGCCGGGGCGGCCGCUGCGCCGAGGCCCCGGACCCGGGCCAGGUGCUGGUGCGCCGCCUGAGCUGCCUGUGGUGCGCCGAGAGCCUGCUCUACCACUGCCUGUCGGACGCCGAGGGCGACUUCUCGGACCCUUGCGCCUGCGAGCCGGGCCACCCGCGGCCGGCCGCGCGCUGGGCCGCGCUGGCCGCGCUCUCCCUGGCCGUGCCCUGCCUGUGCUGCUACGCGCCCCUGCGCGCCUGCCACUGGGUCGCGGCGCGCUGCGGCUGUGCGGGCUGCGGGGGGCGUCACGAGGAGGCGGCGCGGUGA